AUGGCUACCAAAGCCGCCACCAAACGACUCUCCCGCGAGUACCAAAAUAUCCAAAAGAAUCCACCUCCGUACAUCGUUGCACAUCCGUCGGAGUCAAAUAUACUAGAAUGGCAUUACAUACUCACAGGCGCCCCACAGACACCCUAUGAGAAUGGUCAAUACUGGGGUACUUUAAUAUUCCCGCCAGAAUAUCCCUUCGCGCCUCCGGCAAUAAGAAUGCACACUCCCAGCGGACGCUUUAUGCCAUCGACCCGCCUCUGUCUCAGCAUAAGUGACUUCCACCCCAAGUCCUUCAACCCGGCGUGGGAAGUCUCGACGAUCCUGAUCGGACUCUUGUCAUUUAUGAACAGCGAGGAGAUGACGACAGGCAGCGUGAGUGCCUCCGAAGCCGAACGCAAGUUAUUCGCAGCGAGGUCGAGAUGGUGGAACUCUACUGGCGGCGGUUCUUAUACAAAAGCCGUACCGGGUGUCACGUCAACGAUCAAGGGGAUUGCAAAUAUCAAAGCUGGAGAUGGGGGCAAGAAGUUUCGCGCAGAGUGGCCUGAGUUAGACCAGGAGAAUUGGAAAUGGAUCAAGGACAAUCGCGUCGACCCAGCCACGGGACAGAUAUUGCCGGAUCCUAACGAAGCAUUGUUAGCCGAGAACAGCAGUACCUGCUCACCCGAGACCAAUGCGCUGCGACGGCGGCCAGGUGGGAGCGCCACAGGGUUAGGGGUAGUUGUUGAAGGUGGCCAGCGGGCGAGGGAUGUUGGGGAGAGCUGGUUUCGAAGAAAUAAAGUAUGGAUAUGCGUUGGCGUAGUGCUGGGGUAUGCACUGUUGACACGAUUAUUUGACGACACCCGGACAUGGUAG